GUUUGGUAGCCUUUUCCUCCGUAGCCCUGAGAGAGAGGAAGGGGGAUAUUGACGCGCUGAAAGGAGCGGGGGGAUGUCAGACUACGAAGCUGUCCAGCGGGGCCCUCUCCGUCUGAAGGGGGGCACCGGCGACGCGUCUGCGGGUAAACGAAAGAAGAAGAAAGACAAAGAAAGAAACAAGAUUGUAGACCAGAUUGUGAGCAGCAAGAAGCAGGAGGAAGAAGAGGAGAAGAAGCGGGCCCUGGAUAAACGUACCCCAGCACAGUUGGCCUAUGAAAAGAUGCAGGAAAAGCGGCAAAUAGAACGAAUCUUGAAAAAAGCAUCCAAAACCCACAAGCAGAGAGUAGAGGAUUUUAAUAGACAUUUGGAUACUUUGACAGAGCAUUAUGACAUCCCCAAAGUCAGCUGGACUAAAUGAGCAUCUUUUCCCUCAACAUUUCUUCUUACAGAAUCUUUUUUUGUUUCCGGAAUAAGCACAGACAGUUGUUUUGAGCUGGAAUUCAUUUGGCAGAAUUGCUGUUUUCUUGUAACUUCUUAUUCUUGGUCAAGCUUUUGCUUUUAAAGAGAUACAUGGUAUCUGUUCCUUGACUUCAGGUAACUGGCAGUUAGCUGUUUAAGAUCUGCAUCAGUUAUUUCUACUAUAUUAUUGCAUAUUUAAGAACUUAAAAGGACACAUUAGUCCUUAACUAAUUAUAAACACGAUCAGACAAAUACAAAACACUUAAGUUUUGUGCGGGAUUCUGUUGCUGAAAGCAGCAUGAGAAGGACAAUUAAAUGCUUGGGGUGAGAGUUACUCUGCGUACCUGUUUUCUAACUUGAUUGCUGCAGUGUAGAAGAGUACUACAAGUACAUGCUAAGGGAAUAAUUACAGCAGCCAAAACAUUCAUCCAGCGUAUUUCCCUCAUUUCUAAACACCCCAACCUGAUGGCUGUACCAUCUUCUCCAGCCUCUUCGUAUGCAGUCCCAUUAUGUAAACACUUCCUAUGAAAUAUUACUUGUAAAAGACAGUGAAUUCUAACGAUUCCCAGCUUCAUCUCUUGGAAGGACCACCGCAUUCCCCGGAUAGUGAUUUGCCUUUAAUAAUGAAAAUUUGUCUAAAUAAAAUUAUCAAAAGCACAUA